AGGCUUGUGGAGAGUAUUAAGCGGUAGGCAGCGGCUUGGCUCUGCCCCUGGCAUUGCUGGUACGGUAACCUCUCACCAUCAGGUGAGCAGUAAGCUGUCGUCGUCGUCUGCCUAAAAGGGCAAUAAAAAAAAACGUCGCUUGUAAUGAAGUUACGCUCAGCCGCGAUUUGCGUGGCUUGUGUAAUGUUUUUGAAGAAUGACCGUGCGGUUCGCUACUUUACGUCUGCUUAACCGCACAGUCGUGUUGUCUUACGAAACUCUGCGCGUGGCCACCAAUAAAUACGCGGGAACAUUUCGCGCGCGAUCCAGUUGAACUGCGCAUGCGUGCUUACCUUCAUAACUGUCAGUGUCACAAAUGUUUUUUUUUUUUGUAAAUAAAACCUCAUAGUCCCAGUGUUUUCUAUCAAAAUGUUCUUCAACGCGAUAUUAUUGGGUGCGUUAGUGUACGCGAGUGCCGAUAAUGCUUUACCUCAAGACUUUACAAGAUGUCGACAGAAAGAUCCGAAGCUGAACGAUUGCUUGAAGUCAGCCGUGCCUGAUGCUUUGAAGAGAAUGAAACAAGGCAUUAGUUCGCUGUCCGUGCCACAGAUGGAGCCACUGCACGUGUCCGGCAUGAACAUAGACUCCGGCGCCGGCCCGGUCGUUAUCACGCAAAACUACAAGAAUAUUAAAAUACAUGGAUUGACCGAUUCUGUGCUCACUACUUACAAAGCGGACCUAAAACAUUACCGCCUAAAGACAGACUCGAUUACGCCGAAAAUGGAGUUCAUAGCGGACUAUGUCAUGAACGGGAGGAUAUUGGUCCUGCCGAUACAAGGAAAGGGUAUCGCUAACAUCACGAUGGUGAACUUGGUGGUCAAGCACGACCUCAUCGGAGAGCCGAUCCUUAGGGACGGAUCGGUCUACAUGCACAUACGCGACUACAAAGUGAAGUUUAUACCGAAGAAGGUCGUUUUACAUUUUACGAACUUGUUCAACGGCGACAAGAGACUCGGAGAUCAGAUGAACUUGUUUUUGAAUCAAAAUUCCGAACUUGUCUUCAACGAACUCAAAGACUCGUACGAGAAAGCUCUAAGUUCUGUGUUUCAAGACGUAACCAAUAAAAUAUUCGACAAAGUACCGAUGAAAGACAUAUUCCUGGAAGACUAAUAAAUAAUUUAAAAAAAUUGCAAUAACAUUUACAUUACUGUAGUAUUUAUUGAUUUAAGAUAAAGAUUUAGGAUGCUUUAAAUAGACAUUUUAUAAAAAUAAAACGUGUUUUAAA